CGUCUGCACGCACAUGCGCGUCCCCGGUUGCUUACGUCACCUACUGGGAAUGCAUGGAGAACGGAAUCUCUCAGCUCUCUGCCAGCAGGCCUCUUCUCCUGGACCCCUAGCGAAAGUAGGUUAACGGCGUCAAGGAGCGUAAACAAGAGAAAAAGGUCUCAUUUUCUGAGACAACUUUCUUACAAGGUAAUGGCAGCCAAACGUCGUGCUGUCGUGCGCCCUUACUGGUGAAUCCUGCCAUGUCUGGUCCUACCUGGCUGCCACCGAGGACUCUGGACAGUCCAGACCAAGCCGUCUCCCCCAUGUCCCACUCUGCAGGGUCGGCCAUUUACCGGGCGCCCAUCAAGAAGGGUGCGCCUGACUUCCGGCCAAAAUACAGCGCUUUUGAUCAGAACGGAGGAGGGGUGAUGGCCACCAGGUAUAUGGCGACAGGACCUACAGGUAAAACAGUGGAAUAUGAAUUGUUAGAUUGUUAUUGUUACAACGGUGCGAAGGCUCAUUUCGGGUUCUGUUCUUGCAAAGGCGGGCCUGGUCAUCAUUCUCCUGGUGAUCUGUACUAUUCCCCCCCACACGGGCCCAAAGAAGAGCGCAACUGGACCCCCCAUGUGGACAGCUACGAGCUCCCACACCCCGGCCCAAAAAAGCCAGUGAGCCAUCACUCCAAGAUCGAUGCCGAUAUCGACUCCCUCACCUCCAUGCUGGCCGACCUUGAUAGCAACCCCCAUGACGCCAGCACGCAACUGUACGACAAUGUGCCUUACAAUAAAUACCUCCCAGGGGAUCACUACCAACCUGCGCACCACGUCGCCGCCCCACCUCAGAGCCGGCCCGCCUCAGGGUACCCUCCUCACCCCCAGAGCCAGUACCACCCGUCGUCACCGUACGCCGAGCAGCACACAUCUCAGUACCCAGCAUGCCAACAGCAGGACUACUACAGCUCAUCCACACCAAAACCGUACCCCCAGCCAGUGCCGGCCUCCUACACCACGGCCUCCACCCCCACCGGGCCGAGGUUCAGCGUGCAGGUCAAGACCGCCCAGCCCGUCACGUACUCUCAGACGGGGAGGCAGGCAGAGCAGGCCUACACACCCCCGCCGCCUCGCCAGCAUGUACCACGUCCCCCGCCUCAGACCAGCCCACAGGACUGGUAUCCCCUGCACCCGGGCAUGCAGGAGAGCCCCCCCGAAGCGGGCUACAUGGGAAGUGGAUCGGGAGGAAGAAUCAAGCAGGUGGCCUUGCCGAAAAGAGGGAUGGAAAAUAAUCAAGCAGGGGCUGCACAUUUACACAACAAGUUGGCAGCACCGACAAGACCAGAGGAGGAGUUGGACCGCCUCACCAAGAAGCUGGUGUACGACAUGAACCACCCUCCAACUGAGGAUUAUUUCGGCCGUUGCGCCCGUUGCGGAGACAACGUGGUCGGCGACGGCAGCGGUUGCAUCGCCAUGGAGCAGGUGUUCCACGUAGAGUGCUUCACCUGCAUCACCUGCCACGCCCGCCUGCGAGGACAGCCCUUCUACGCCCUGGACAAGAAGAGCUACUGUGAAACGUGCUACGUUAGAACACUAGAGCGAUGCUCAAAGUGCACCAAGCCCAUCUUGGACCGCAUCCUGCGCGCCAUGGGAAAGGCAUACCAUCCUCGCUGUUUUACAUGCGUGGUGUGUAACUGCUGCUUGGACGGCGUGCCCUUCACUGUGGACGCCACCUCGCAGAUACACUGCAUCGACGACUUCCACAGGAAGUAUGCGCCCCGCUGCUCCGUGUGUGGCGAGCCUAUCAUGCCCGAAAUGGGUCAGGAGGAGACGGUCAGGAUCGUGGCGCUGGACCGCAGUUUUCACGUCAACUGUUACGUUUGUGAGGAAUGUGGCCUCCUGCUGUCCUCCGAGGGCGAAGGUCGUGGAUGCUACCCGCUGGACGGCCACAUCUUGUGCAAGAGCUGCAGCGCUCGGCGUAUCCAGGAUCUCUCUGCAAAAAUCUCCACGGACUGCUGAUCAAUUAAAAAACAAGAAAGAAGACCCAUAAUCACAUCGCACAGCUUUAACGCCCCCUCUGCCUCCCUCCUCCAUUGUGUUGUAUUUGCGAGUGUGACAGGUAAGCUGUUUGUUACUAAUCCAAACGAGAGCUUGUGUUGCAGUUUUUUCUUGAUCAUAUUUGUGUCCAACAUGUACACGAGAAGGUACAGUUUACAGCAAAUUGCACACCUUUCCCCCCAUACUGAAGGAUGACAGAGAAAUGUGUCAGUAUUGCCUCAAACCAGCGCAACAAUAACUGUGACUUGCCGUUACUCUUUUGUAGCCUCGUAGACGGAAGUAGAAUGUCGUGUUUCACCUUCGUACGAUGCGGCUAUUUCGGACUGUUACUCAGAAGAUGCCGGUGCAAUGAAGUCGGGAGCGAGAAGGAAAACAGGGUGAAAACAUUCUCACGUGCAAAUUGGAAUCCUUUUUUUUGCGCCAUAAUGCAAGUCAUGGCGUUUUUGUGAUACAACCCUUUUGUGUAUUUUUGCACUUGUUAUUCUGCGUCAGUACUUGUUCAACCUCCGUCCCCAUUUCUUGUCUAUUUGUGUCCUAAAGGGCUAAAACAUGUACAGUAAACCUCACCUGAAGAAUGUUUAACCCCUUCCCUCUUUUUUAAGCUUCAGUUACAUUAAUAAUCUCACAUGAAAUCCUCAAAUAUUUAGUUUGAAUGUUAUGUCCAGUUGCACAAUCAGCCAUGUAGCUUCGCUGACGUCCUCUUUUUGUUUCCCCUUUUCUCAACUUUUAAAUGCUGUGAAGUGGAACUCAUGGUCAUUUUGCUGUGAUGAGGCGGCCGCUUUUUGUGCCGAGUGAUAAUAA